CACAUCCCAACACAACGAGUGAGCAUGUCAAUUAUGCCCGACAUCCGCUAAUACUGCCCAAUUGAAAGUCCCCGAAGAACGAAGUUAUCAUUUCUCUAUGCUAAGUGGAAAAAGACAACUCAACCCCGAUUCGGCGACCAACAAAGCCCUACCGUAGUAUAUCGAAACCAUGAUACACCUCUCAAAUCAAAGCACCAACCAACCCUCUCCCAAUAUAUCAGAUGAACGAGACAUCUGACCAAGAACCUCCGAACCUCCCCUUUGCUCUCCUGCUAGUAACCCAACUAGGAACCUAUGCGGUCAUUGUUCUCGUGACCGUCCUUCUCUCCCACAGCACCGACUUGUCCUUUCCCACGGGAAACCCCUUGCCCUCCCGUAUCAAGUAACUUGCUACCAGAUAGAACACCGCCAGCCAACCUAUCAGCCCAUCCAAUCAACACCUAGUAACAACAAAAGUUCAACCGGGCAAAAUCCCCGACCUGUAAUCUGUUAUCCAAUAUCCAAGUCUCACAUUCCGACCAGGCAGGUCUCAACCAAGACAAAAUCAAGGGGGGUGCCGCGAAAAAAGGUAUCGGCGAUUGAAGCUUAUCCGUUCGGCGACCGGCUUAUCACACCAUCAACGCCAUUAUGGCGAUGCACACCGCAAUUCUCGGCCAGUGAGGUAUGUUGUCGCAGAUCUGAGGAAUUCAAGUACUCCUGAGUGCCCAGAAAGGUGUGGUUUAGGGCGGUGAUACGUAUGUCUGGUGGUCAUGGCGUUCAAUGGGCUUGUGGUUGCUUUUUUAUACAUAGUAAGAAUAGUUGCUGUUCUUGUUUUGGUUCA